AUGAUUUUACAAUCGAAUGGUUUUCGCAACCUGUUUAGGACCUCCAAUACUGCUUUGUUUCCGGGGGUAUUAAAAUAUGGGAGGAGACAGCCAACGUGUCUUCCCAAAAUGGCAGAUCAACGCUAUCUUCCAAUUCGAUUCCAAAAAGGAUUCCAUGCAGGGUCACAAGGACUUCAAGCCGCACACGGAAGAAGAACACUAUUUACUACUAAAUCAACUCUUAGGACCAUCGAGUGUAAGAAGAACGUUUGGGGCACAGGGGCGCGUCUGAUGCUUAAACGAAGUUUUCAUCGCGGCCAAUCUGGAUCAAACUUCAGGUCUUAUAAUAUCUCCCCGCCAAUUAUCAUCUUAGCUUUUGUGGGUGCUGCGACUCUUCUUGUGGUUGUGAUACCAUUUAUUUUCACCUUUUUCUUCCCUCUGAUCAUCGCGGGCAUCGCUGCCUUCCAGUACAAGAAAUGGAAAACGAGCACGUUAUUAAACGAAUUACACCGCAGUUUAAAAGUCUCUCACAUGCGGAUCAACCAGCAGACAAUAUGGGGCCUUCAAACGAGAAUGUUUGAGUCACUGUUGAACAACAACAAAUUUCCAGCCGGAAUGUUUCGCGGCGUAAUGGAUGAGCUUAAGGACCAGAAAAUGGAAAUGUCAGAGGUACAUCGACAGGCGGAUCAGAUGCUAGAGUUUUUGAAGUACCGCGUCCUCGAUGCCUUCAAGAGUAACGAGCAGGGCAUUCGAGACUAUUUUUUAGGAAGCGAUGUCUCCCACUGGGUAAACAACGGCUAUGAGCUUAAUCUCGUCGCUGAUGCUCCACAAACUCGUGGUAAGGGCAUCAAUGGCUUACUGGUCAUGACAAUUUCAUAUCCGAUAACGCUAUCGUCCACCAACGAGAGUUCCAAAGUUAUAGCAGAGGCAGCCAUAGCCUUUCAAGAUGACAGCUUGGCAGGCCAACAAGGUUCUUUCAACUUUUUGAGAGAUCUGGCUUCUGGACAGAAAAAUCGGCCCAUGGUAAUUAGCAUAAGACCAACUCGUACACUCUCUGCCCGUCAAUUCAUCCUUCACGGAGAAGAUGACGAUAUGGCACCGCGUGAAUAUUCGAUCAGGAGAACUAAAGAUGGACGCCGAGAGUUCACAUAUCAUAGGGAAGACUCAAAGAACAGCUAG